AUGUUGGUGUUCCUAGUUAACAUGUUACCAUGUUGGUGUUCCUAUCGUAUUUUCUCCGGGCGGCCAAACUUGGUGCGGAAAUCCUUCAUAACCUUUUUCACAGAAAUGAUUAGCAGAAACCGAAGUCAUUGGAAACAGCAUUCGAAAACGAGUGUAAUGGUAUGCAUUUCAUUUCAAAAGGCCACAAACACUAAGUGUCGUUCCCGUGCUAGGGUUUUGUUUUUCGGAAUGAAAAGUAUAGGAAAGCCUUUUGAAUUUGUUAGUGCACAUGUUCUUGCAGGUGAUCUGGUCGCAGUGCUUAGAGGAGAGAAAGUUUUUGACAAAAAGCGGAUCAUUCUCGAUAGUUAUGGGCGUGACAUAAACAAGCCACGAAAGCCUUUACCGGAAUGUCGAGUUGGUUACCAUGCGAUCUGCCUCCUCCUCCACCUCAUCCCACGGAUGUCGUUUCGUUUCAUGCUAAAAUCCAUCAUUCAGGUGCGCAAACUCAUGCGCUCAAAAAUGACUCGAUGUAAGCGUUGCAAGAAUCGCUUCAUAGAAAAGAAUAUCUAUGAAAGACAUUUACGUGACAGACAUCCCGCAGAUUAUACUGCUUACAUUGAAGAACAGGAAGCUGAAAUGGAACAACAACGGCAAGAGGAGAUUGAAGCGAAUCGGAUUGAGGAACUCCAGACAGGCGGAUUUAUACCGCCAGAAUCAGAGAUUGAAGCGUCUUCGUUUGAGGUUGACGUCGAAAGGAUUCCGCUCCCUGGUGAAAAUAAUGGCGGAGUUGCUCCUCGUUUUGAUCAGUAUGGUAGAUUAAAACAGUUGAAGCGACCAUAUAAGAAGAAGAUAUCUCCCCAGUGCCCAUUUUGUGAUAAACGAUUUCGUAAUGAAUACUCGCUCAAAAAGCAUUUUGUGAAGAAACACUCCGAACUUGUGGAAUUCAAACAGUGCACAAGAUGCUACAAAUGUGUGAAAGAUGAUGAGGAAUUGGAAAAUCAUCUUUGUGAAUUGCGAUGUUCGCCUAUUGAAUCACAGGAAGAAGUUCCACAGAGGUGUGCAAAUUCUGGAUUCAAGUGCAACUUGUGUAACUUGAAGUUCCUAACUCCUCGAAAACUUCGCAAGCAUAAAAAGAUGUCUCACGUCUUUACAAAAACCUACCAAUGCCAUUUUUGCGAGGAAAUUUUCAUUAGUGAAGUUGCGGUGAUGACACAUGAGCGGAUCCACACUGGAAUGAUAAAGUUUGAAUGUCGUAUAUGCGACUACAAGGCUAAUCGAUAUAUUCAAAUGGAUGAACAUUGUAAAAACGAACACGGCUACAUCUGCUCCAUCUGUCAGGAGAAGACGGCUGAGUGGAGCGACAUGAAACAUCAUACGCUUGUGAAGCAUGGUGGAUAUCUGGCUACAGAGCAAAACGCUGGUAAAUAA